CAUCCCCUGUCCCUUGUGCAGACGCGGGAGCCUGGAAGUCGCUGUGGCAUCUCCCCAGACACUGGCAGUAGCCUCCCAUGGCCUGGCUGAGCUUGCUCACCCCUGUCUGUGCUGUCCCACCUGCCCUUAUGACACCGUUCCUAUUCAGUCCAGCGUGGUGUUAUGUGCUUGCCCGUCCCCAUCAAUGGUGAGGACCCAGACUGAGUCCGGCACGGCCCCUGCCAUUCCCAGCGGUGGUAGCAGACAGGGCGCCACCAUGGACAGCACCGCGGCCGAGUCCCGCCCGAGCACCAACUCGCUGCAACACACCACACAGCCGCCACCACAGCCUCGGAAGAAACGGCCUGAAGACUUCAAAUUUGGGAAAAUUCUUGGUGAAGGCUCUUUUUCCACAGUUGUCCUGGCCCGAGAACUAGCAACCUCAAGGGAAUAUGCUAUUAAAAUUCUAGAGAAACGUCACAUUAUCAAAGAGAACAAGGUCCCGUAUGUAACCAGAGAGAGAGACGUGAUGUCACGCCUGGAUCACCCGUUCUUUGUUAAACUUUACUUCACAUUUCAGGAUGAUGAAAAGCUGUACUUUGGUCUUAGUUAUGCCAAAAAUGGAGAACUACUUAAAUACAUUCGCAAAAUUGGCUCAUUCGAUGAGACAUGCACCCGGUUUUACACGGCCGAGAUGGUGUCAGCUCUGGAGUACUUGCAUGGCAAGGGCAUCAUUCACAGGGACCUGAAACCCGAAAACAUUUUGUUAAAUGAAGACAUGCACAUCCAGAUCACAGAUUUCGGAACAGCAAAAGUAUUGUCCCCGGAGAGUAAACAAGCCAGGGCCAACUCGUUUGUAGGAACAGCCCAGUAUGUGUCUCCAGAGCUGCUCACAGAGAAGUCGGCCUGUAAAAGUUCAGACCUUUGGGCUCUCGGAUGUAUAAUAUACCAGCUUGUGGCAGGACUGCCGCCUUUUCGAGCGGGAAAUGAAUAUCUUAUAUUUCAGAAGAUCAUUAAGUUGGAAUAUGACUUUCCUGAAAAAUUCUUCCCUAAGGCAAGAGACCUUGUGGAAAAACUUUUGGUUUUAGAUGCCACGAAGCGGUUAGGCUGUGAGGAAAUGGGAGGCUACGGCCCCCUGCGAGCUCAUCCAUUCUUCGAGUCCAUCACGUGGGAGAACCUGCAGCAUCAGACGCCUCCGAAGCUCACUGCCUACCUGCCAGCCAUGUCAGAGGACGAUGAGGACUGCUACGGGAACUAUGACAACCUCCUGAGCCAGUUCGGCUGCAUGCAGGUGUCCUCGUCCUCCUCCUCCCACUCCCUGUCCGCCUCGGAUGCAGGCCUGCCGCAGACGACGGGCAGCAACAUUGAGCAGUAUAUCCACGACCUGGACACUAAUUCUUUUGAACUGGACUUAGAGUUCUCCGAAGAUGAGAAGAGGUUGUUACUGGAGAAGCAGGCCAGUGGAAACCCUUGGCACCAGUUUGUAGAAAAUAACUUAAUACUAAAGAUGGGUCCCGUAGAUAAGCGAAAGGGCUUGUUUGCACGGCGACGACAGUUACUGCUCACAGAAGGGCCACACUUGUAUUAUGUGGAUCCUGUCAACAAAGUCCUGAAAGGUGAAAUUCCAUGGUCACAAGAACUCCGACCAGAGGCCAAGAACUUUAAAACCUUUUUCGUGCACACGCCGAACAGGACGUAUUACCUGAUGGACCCGAGUGGGAACGCUCACAAAUGGUGCAAAAAGAUCCAGGAGGUGUGGAGACACAGAUACCAGAGCCACCCACAGGCCGCCGUGCAGUGACACGUCCGUGGCUGGUGCACUCGCUGCCAGGACACGUGCCCCGGCGUGGCUCGCCGCCCUCCGGGACGCUUCCAGACCACCUGCCAGCCAUCUCAAGGGGGACGCAGACGGCGGAACCUUGCAGCUUUUUUAUUUAAAAGAAAAGAAGAAAAAAAUACCCAACCACACAAAGAACAAAACCAAUAACGGAAAGGAAUUCAGGGUCGCUUUGCUUGCUCUCUGUGCUCUGCGGAGGCUCCCCGGGAUCCCCCUGCCACAGGGCCCCAGUGCCGUGCACGCCCACCGGAUCCCCGCCCGGGCGAGUGGCACAGACACGAGUCACCAGCUCUGCACCACACGCCCUGGUCACCCACCGGCCAGUCCUGUAGCCGAGGGGAUGGGGUGUAUGUCUGGGCCCUUGCUGCUCCUAGGUUAUCGCAGAACCCGUCGGCAGGGGGCCGUGCGCGCCUCUGCCCGGGUGGCUUUGAUCUCUGUGGGGUAGGAGGGCUCUUGGCUUUGGUCCGUGUGCUCCUUUUCUUGUGUCCUUACUUGAUGCCCCCUGUGCCCCACCAGGCCCCCUGUUUGCCUUCUCGCAUCGCUCGGACUGUGAGCACUCCAUGGCUUGCGUUCGUCGGGCAGGCUCCAGGUGGGAAGUCGUGGAGCGGGCUGUCGGGGUGUGUAAUGGAGCCGCUGCUGAGGUUGGAGGGUGCCAGCAGGCCGUUCAGCUGAACGUCCCUCUGAGUGGGGUUGGCCCUGCGCAGCUGGAAAGAGCACUGUGAGAGGUGGGCACCCAGUUGCGCCAGGAGAUAGGGAGGGCUGUGUCCCGCUCUGUGCGAGUCCAGGCAGCAGGGCAGACUGCGCCUGGUGUCUCCCACGCGGAGGAGUGCUGCCUGAUGGGCUCCUCCUGAGAGUUUGGUCAGAGGGUGGGACGUGCAGGCCCCUCGGAGCAGUUUGCUAGGGCCAAGGGACUCUAGGCACCAGCAGUCUCCCAGCUGUGACACGCACCCUUUUCCUGGUGAGGGAACAUUCUCUUAGCCUGACUCCCAGCACAUGUCACAUCUCCACAGUGGAAGUCUGUAAGCCUUCUCGUGCUGUCAGGUCAUUUAUCCCCCUCAGGACGUGGACCUCGCUGGGAAGAAAAUGUUGCUCACCUUGCACAAGGGUAGGAACACCGCACUGGAGCCUGAGCAGCCAGCCUGCUGGCCCCCUCCGCUCUCCGCCUGCCUACCUUUCAGUUUCCACAGGCAGCAAGAUGUUGGGUACCUGCUGCAAGGGGUCCACAGUUUCCCUACCCUUUGAUUUCUUUGCUGCUGCUCCUUGGACAGAGAAAGCCUGUGGGCCUGGUGGGGCUGGGAGUUCCUCUCUCCCUGCCCAGGUUGUCCCUUGAGGGCUGUCCGCAGUCCCAGGUGGGAGGGGCAGAGGCACCGCUGCAUGCAGGCUGCUCGCAGACCCGUCUGGCCGUGCCCGGGGGAUGAACAACUUCGCAGUUUCCUUUAGACUUUGACGAAGGCACCAGCAGAAGGCUCGCAGAGGAAAGAUUCUCCCUGGCGACUCUCUCCCCAUUUCCUAUCUCGAAGAAACCAUCGUCAGCCCGUGUUGAUAAGUGGUCCAAAUCGGGAGAAAAGAUGUCUUUCUCCGACGGGUUUAGCGAUAAGAGUGGCCCUUGUCAGCCUGGGAGGGAAGCGUGGCCGUGCAGGGGCUGGAUGGGAGCAGAGGUGGGGCCGAGUGCGGGUGGCUUCUAUUCGGCUCUUGGGCACUGCUGCGUGAGAGCUGCGAGUGAGUGAGCGAGCGUGCGCGUGCACCCAUGGGGCAGGUGCCACGGUGUUGGGGGCGUGCCUGCCCCGGGCUGCGGUCGUAGCUCGAGCUCCCCUCUUCCUCCUCCUGGCUUUUGAAAAGGCUCGCCUGUGUUCACAUGCUUCUCAGAAAGUCAGUCUCAGGGGGCCUUCAGGAAUGUCAUCUCCAGCUUGCUCCCUACGUUGAUCAUUGACCUUUCUCAGAACACCCGCGUCUGUGGGCGCGCUGUUCGGAGAGUUGGAGGCUGCUCUGGCACAGCGUUCUUCCUUGCGGCUGGUUACAGGGAAAGGGCUGGCAUUUGGCUUUAACAAGAGCGCUCAGCUGGGCUGCAUCCCUCCCCCCGGACGGCGCCACUACCUCCUGGGCUUCACCCACCAGCUCCAUCGUCACCUCGGAAACCAGAGAAGGGGGUUCAGGGUUCAGCUCGCAGCUGACAGAGUUGAAGUCACAGCCCUUGCCUGAGCCAGUGACAACUGAGCCCUUCUCCCUAGGCCACCGUUCCCCUCUCACUCAGAGCCUUCUUGUCCCUUUUUUUUUUUUUAAAGGCACAUACAUGUUCUUUUCCUGCCCUGCAUGUCCAUGUCAGCUUUCGUUGUAUGCAGCUUGUUCUUAGAGCGCCUGUCCCGGGGCAGGUGCCUUGCCUUCUAAGAUGUGGGCAUGGCUGUCAGUCGAGUACAUACACAGACAUACGUGGAAGUACAAACGAUUUAUCCACGCUGAGAAAGAAAGUGCCCUGUUGUUGACUAGAUGCGGGAGCCAGCCGUGUGUCUUAGUGAGGGCAAGGAGAAGGUGCGGUGCCAAACCACGUGGCCUCACCAGGCAUGGAGGGGAGAGGGCAGGGCUGUGGCCUCCAUAGGCUCAGGUGGCGCACUGCGCCUUGCCCCUCUCUGGGAACUCCAGGAAGCCAGGUUUGGGUGGGGCAGUUUCCUUCCCUCUUGCUGCAGGCCUGACCAGGACAGUGGGCGCUGGGUCAUGGUAGCAGGUGGCCCCGUGGGGUGCGCAAAGCCCCACCUGGUACACGGCACUGCACUGUGCCUCCUGUUCGGAACCUUGGCUCUCAGGACUGUGUUACAGACCUGCUUUGCAGAAGAGGCCUCUCACGGCCGUGCCAGGGCUGACAGGACCCGCACCUUCUCCAGGCCCCGCACCUUCUCCAGGCCCCUGCUGCCACUGUGGUAUUUGUGGCCGAGGUCCAUAGGCACAGACUCACCCAGGGCCAGGUGCCAGGCCAGGGGCUCCAGGUGGUUCUGUACUUUCUUAAAACAUUUGCUUUCUGAGAACAUCAACUGUAGGCUUACCACCCAGAAGAGACCACUGUGAAAAUUUUGGUGUACCCCCCCCCCCCGCUCACUGCCAGUACACACAUGGGUUUGCUUUUUAAACUGAACUGGGAACAUGAAACACACUGUUCUUCAUCUAGCUUGUUUCACUCAAUAAUUUAUCUUAGGCAUUUCUCCACGUCAUCAACAAUGAUUAAAAACAUUGUUUUUAGUGAUUGUAGACCUUAAUGGUUAUAAAUUUUAUGAUAACUUAUCUGACCAUUUUCCUGUUAUGAAACAUUUAGGUGGUUUCUGGUUUUUCACUACUUAAAUGCUGUGAUGAAUGUCCUCAUAAAUCUUUGAUUUUGACCCUGGUCGCUUCCCCACCCCUGGUUCCUAGAAGUAGUGUUUUUGGGUCACAAAGAAUUUGUUUGUUUUAUAGGUGGUUUUAGUCUCUCUCCCUCUGUCUUGACCUGAUGCUUAGAUGCUCAGAGUUCCAGUACAGAGCCUCCUUAUUGUGUCCUGCAGAUUCUGAACAAAUCAGUUCCUGGUAAGGUGUGUGUUCCAAAGAACGCUUUCAUAAGCCUGCUCUUUUUUCCCCCACAAUGCUAAAAUGACAUCAUUUACUGCAGUCCGUUUGUGACAGUUCUUUCCAAAAGCUCAUUUCCUGAUUUUCAUUGACAGUCUGGUUAACACUUGCAUGUUGGUUACUCCCCAUCCCUGCUGCUGUGGCUUUCAGGCGCUUGGUGAUGUCUUCAGAAGCUCGUACUCCGCGUCCACAAUGGUACUGAAUUUGCGUCUGCACAGGCAGCAGAGAGAGAAAGUGUUGAACUGACCUUGCCACGUGCUAGUGGAUGAUUUGUAAUUAAGUUUGUAGACUCAGAAAAUACCCUGGGCCAUUUGGAAAGAGACCAUGUAGGCAGUUGGGUUUUACAGAAGGUUAUUUGCCUCCACGCUCUUCCAGCGGUGGCGCUCAGUACGGAGGUCUUCGUUCAGCAGAGCUCAGUGGCCAGGCCUUUUCACUGUAGAGGGUGAUUGUCCUGGUCCGCACGGUUUCCGGGAUUUCUCCCCGUCCUCCCUCACAGUGUUGCAGGUCGUCUGGCCGUCUUCAAACCCAGACCACCGCAUUUGGUUUCAUUCCUAAUUUCUCCACUUCAGUUUGGGGUCCAUUGAUUCUGAGGGGAGAGGUGCCGUGCUGUCACUUGAGUCUGCCAGAGAUUUUGGCUGGAUUGUGCAGAACUGGACUUCUGCCUUCCUCUGACACCCCAGGUCCCCUGUGCCCUGGCCAGUCCACAGACUGAGGGUGUUCACUCCUCAGACCGAGAGGCUGCCGCUUGCCAGAGUAUGAUGAAGGUACUGUCCUUAGGUUGCCAUGUACGUUUGUCCGCAUUGUUUCUUUUCAUCCAAAACUCAAGGGAGCUGAUGGUGACUCAGGUGGGUGUGGCCCUUCCCUCAGGCAGCCUGUGUGGCAAGUGCCUUAAAUGAGGGGUGCAGGCUGCUGGCUCAAGGUUGCGGACUUGUAAAUCAGGCUGCCUGUGGAGAACUGGUCUGGGGAAGGAGCUGUUCCAGCAAAGAGCAGUUUUAUCUGUAGCUCGGACAGCGGUGCUGGGCAGCUCAACUAGCCUACAUGUAUACCUGAAUUUUCCCCAGAGCCCACUUCUUCAGUAUGAAGAAACACCAAACUGUGUGUGCAGAGAACUUUUUACAAAAGGCAGACUUUUUUUUUAGCGUGUGAUCCAGCCUAGUCCCAACCCGUCUGGCAGAAUGACAUAUGAGUAGGGGUCGUUUUGCUGGUAAAAAGCCUCUAAGUUUGAUUGGACGUUGACAAAAAUAAAUGUUUGCAGUAUUUAGAGCUGCUGUAGCUGUUCCUUAACACAGAAUAGGAUGAAUCAGUAGUGUGUUAGCCGUCUUUCAGGUUGGUGGCGGUCAGUUAGGACGUGUGUAAAAUUCUCUACCUGGUCUGUAGCUGUAACUGUGAUGUACAGGCAAAGCAAAAAUUUAAAACUUACGAAAACAAAUAAUGCAAUGAUAUUAGGAUAUACACUUUUGUAUUUUUAUUCUUCUAUAAGGUUAUUUGCUGGCUAUUGUUGGCCUCUAGUUCAGUCUGUGUUAUUUAAAAUCUAAUAUAUGAAUUAUUUGGAUUGAAUUCAUGUUCGGGGCCACCUUGUUGUAUGUAUUGAUGUACAGCCUUGAAUGUGAAUAAUUAUUGUAAACUAUAUUUUACAACUUUUUUUCUGGCUUUAUUAUAUAAAUUUUCUAUUUGGUCAAUGAUUUAAUCAUAAUUUAAUGAAUCUGUUCUCUUUUUUUUCAAAUAUUUGUGCUUUAGAUGUAGUUACUGGAUGAUGAAUUUUCCACUUAUGCUCGGUAGUCUUGUAAUAAAAAAGCAUGUAGAGUGUA